AUGGGCAAUGAUUUCAUAUAUCAAGUCGAAACGAGGAAAAUCGUAUGGCUUAUCGGGCUUAUUAUAGCGUCGGUUUUGAUCAUACAGUCUUUGGAGCUACCGUGUCGAGACAGAUUCCUAUCUCUGUUUACUUCAGAAAAGUCCUAUUAUUCCAACUCCUCUGUUCAUGCAAAUGUCAAAUUCCCAUCAAUGCUGAAUUCAGGCGGUGAAAAAAAUAUUUCGAAAACAAUUUUCCCUCCCGAAAAUGUGGCCGACAUUAGUCCGUCUUUAAGAACUUUCGCUCGAGAGGACAAAAUUUCUUCAGGCCCGACAAAAAGCCCGGUAAUUUCUCGGUUUUCGGUUGGGAACAUCAUUGAAGCUGAUAGUCCUUUGCCUCCAUUUGUUUCCUCGUCUCAUUCAUUUGCUCCUACAAUUUCGAAUUUAAAUAUCCGUAACGAAAAUCGACCCUCCACGAAAAUUGGGCCUCUGGAAGAAAAGCCGGAAAGCCCAUUGCCGGCUGUGGUAUCUUUGUCCGAGAUGAACGAGAUGUUGGCCUGUAGUCGCGAAUCCCCCGACACAAUGAUCAGCCCACACUGGCAUUCGGAUGCGGAUCAAGAAUUGGUCGAUGCAAGAUUCGAAAUCGAGCAUUCGCCUAUUGUUAGGAAGCAUCCGAGCCUAUAUGCGCCUAUUUAUCGAAAUCUUUCGUCGUUUGUGAGGGGAUAUGAAAUAAUGGAGAAGAAGCUCAAGAUUUACAUCUACAAAGACGGGAAAAAGCCCGUUUUCCACCAGCCGAGGCUCAAGGGAAUAUACUCGUCCGAGGGCUGGUUCAUGAAGCAGCUAAAGUCGAGCAGCCGGUUUCUAACCGUCGACCCGAACGUGGCCCACCUCUUUUACCUGCCGUUCAGCUCCCAACUUCUCGUGGACUACGUUUACGUGCGUGACUCCCACACUUUUCGCGACAUAAACGAGUUUUUAGAGAAUUACAUCCGCACGAUCAAGACAAGGUACCCUUUUUGGAAUCGAACGGACGGCGGGGAUCAUUUUCUAGUCGCGUGCCACGAUUGGGCACCGAUCGAGACCCGACAACUCAUGGCGAACUCCACACGGGCCCUAUGCAACUCGGACGUGAAGGAAGGCUUCCGUUUCGGGAGGGACGUCUCGCUUCCCGAGACGUACAUACAUUCGCCUCAAAACCCGAUGAGGGAUUUCGGGGGCCCACCGCCCUCCAAACGCAAAAUAUUGGCCUUCUUCGCGGGCCAAAUGCACGGCCACGUACGCCCGAUUCUAUUACAACAUUGGGAGAACAAAGAUCCCGACAUGAAGAUAUUCGGGCGAAUGAGAAAAGGGUACACGUGGCACAUGAAGAACAGCAAGUACUGCAUUUGUGCAAAGGGGUAUGAGGUCAACAGCCCGAGGGUAGUCGAGGCCAUACUCUACGGAUGCGUGCCGGUUAUCGUGUCGGACAAUUUUGUCCCUCCGUUUUUCGACGUGUUGAAGUGGGAGUCGUUUGCGGUUUUCGUUCGCGAGAGGGAUAUUCCGAAUCUGAAGGGUAUAAUCGUCUCAAUUUCGUACGAGAGGUAUUUAGUGAUGCAAAAGAGGGUGGAGAUGGUGAGACGACAUUUCAUGUGGCAUAGUAAGCCCGUGAAAUACGACAUUUUUCAUACUAUACUUUAUUCGGUUUGGAAUAAUAGAGUUUUGAGGACAAGUAAAUAA